AUGGCAGCUUUUUCAUACCAAUACCAUCCUUUUCUUGUUGACCCUGCAUUCUUCCCCACCAACAUGAACACCCCUUCUUCUCCUCCUCCUCCCCAGUAUCACCUCCCUCAGGAAACAUCUUUUAAUCUCACAAACCAGGAGACUAGCUGUGUUGACCAAAGCUCUAAGAUCACCAUCAGUGACAAUGAGCCUUCCGUCACUAAAAACCUUAGCCCUCAGUCCUCCGUGGUGGUGGACAAGCUUGAAACCGGUGAGCAGGUCACUCAAAAGGUGAACACUCCUGUGGAGAAGAAAAGGAGAGCCAGAAAUGGAUCUUCCUUAACUAGUAACCCCCAAUCCAAG